AUGUUAGGUAUAAUUUCAGUUUGUAUGAUAAGCGGAUGGGCUGUUGUCUCUAUAUCUAGUUCUGUAACGUUCUAUGUAAGGCUCAGAAGAAACCAAAUAAGUAAAGGAUAUCAACAGGAAGUUUUCCGUGAGGUGGCAAAAUCAAGGGCAUUAAAAGGUUCGAAGGAAACUAACGUCAUUAUAUAUCGGCUCAAGCCAGAAGAGGGGUGUUCCAGCUCUAUAAUAAACGUAUUUAACUUAAACAAUGGGUGUUUGCAAUAUCGUUUUAUAAAGCCAAAAAAUCAAGUGAAUCACGAAAUUAAUCUUUAUUGGCAGCAAGAAUUCGUCCUUCAGGAAAUUCCAGAUAAAGGAAAUUCAGCUAUUAUAUAUAGCGCUUCGAUUGGAAAAAGUGGUUACAUUGAAUUCCAGAGAAAUGCAACUACUAAUCUAAAAAAAGAAAAAGUUCCAGUAUAUCAAAGUAUCUUGAAUCGCUUAAAGCUCUUAAGAUCAGAGGACAAUAAAUCUCAAAAUAACCACCAAGACGAAAAGAUAUACAUUUCUUCUAAACUUGGUAAUGAGCUAUACGAAUUCAAGAUUUCCGGGGUUGAUCAAGUCAACGAAGGACUGAAAUUUGUUUACAGGUGGAAAUCUUCGACAGGUAUGUUAAAGAAAGUAAGUAGAUUUGACAACUACAGCAAUAUGGCGGUAGCGGCGAUAAGAGCAAAACGAGGUACUCAUGAUUUUGAGGUUGAAAUAGACAAAUCUUUGAUGUUUAUUGACAUUGUUUUAUGUACGUCACUAAUAUUUAAUUCAAAUUGA